ACAGUUCGGCCAACACAAUGGCCGAAAUUAGUUGGAAUGCCAACUUUGUAUUUUCCAUCCGGUAAAUCAACAAAUUGUCGUUUCUAGAAUUAAAAAAGAUAAAGUUAAUGAAAGUUAUUUCUUUGAUCAAAGUUAAACGAUACUUUUAUAUUUAUUUGUAGGAAAUAAUAUAAUCUCAUAAAUAAUAGGAAAUUUAAUUAAUUUUGAGAUAUUACAUCAAUAUGAAGAUAAGCGUCUUCCUCUGCAGUAUAUUAGUAAUCCUAGCAAAUGCAAAUGAUUCGAAUGAGAAUAAAAAGAAAUCAUGGCGUGAUAAAGAUAUAAGAGAUAUGACAGAUGCAGAUUUGGAACAUUUAUUGGAUCAAUGGGAGGAAAAUGAAGAACCUUUGCCACCAGAUGAACUCCCCGAAUAUCUUAGACCAAGUCCAAAAAUAGAUUUAUCGCAGAUAGAUGUCUCCAAUCCUGAUAAUGUUCUCAAAAUGACGAAAAAAGGUAAAGGCGUUAUGAUGUUUGUGGAUGUAAUGGAAGAUAUUUCACAAGAUCAAGCAGAAAUUGUAAUGCGCAUUUGGCAGAGUAGUCUACAAAACAAUCAUAUCAUAGCAGAAAGAUAUCCAAUUGAUCCUAAGCGAUCAGUCUUCUUAUUCCGUGAAGGAUCUCAAGCUGUUGAUGCUAAGAAUUAUUUAUUAGAACAACCAGAGCUGUCUCAUGUAAUGCUUGAAGGACAAACGUACUAUAGAGAUAAGAAAAAAAAUAAAGACAAGGAAAUAAACCACAGACCAAAUAAAUCAGAAUUGUAAAAUAUUAACAAAAUAAUUUCAGAUAUUAUUUCAACUAAAAAGCAUUCUUUUUUUUUUCUUUUUUUUUUUUUUUUUUUUUUUUUUUCUAAUAAAAAUACACGAAUUAUUUUAAUAUAUUUUUAUAACUUUAAUAUAAUAUUUAUAUGCUUCUUUUGAUGACAAGAGAAGUUAAUUUUUGGAAGAAAUUACGUCUCAUUGGAAUGUCCUGUAAUGAUGUCAUAUGGAAAAUAAAUAAAAGGGAUAUAUCAAUGAUUUAAA